AUGGCAGAGAGUACCGCAUUUCCGCCCUUCUCCCCGGCAGUCACCCAAGCGGCAGUCCAGGCUGCAAGUACAGCGUAUCCCGCCGACUAUCUCAUCGAGCACAUGCUGAAGCUGAGCCACUACCUGAUUGAUCUCGCCAACCACAGCAUGCUCUUUGGCCCAGCCGGCAGCGAUCCCUACAGCCCCAGUCUGCACACUCUGCUUCUCCGCCUGCUGAACAAGCAGCUCGCACCGAGUAGACUACCGACAGGCUUCCUGACUCCAGAGCACACGACCGCGCAGGUACGGCUGCGCAGCGACAAAGAAGCAGCAGACCGCCCGCUCGCCGACUACGAGGACUUGUACUAUGCGCUCAUGUCCCGCAUGCAGGAAAUGUACCAGUUGCUGAAGCUCCGCAUCCAAAGCGGCUUCAACAUGGCAUCUCACGCCGUGUGCGAAGACGGGCCCAGCCUCGCUGAGCUGCACGCCAGUCUAGCUCAAUACUGGACUGUCUUCAACGACGCUGCGUGCGGCCGGGCGCUGGACAAUGCGGUACGAGAAGCGCGUGUGCAAGCGAUCCGCGAAGAGGUCGUUCGCCAGGUCGAGAUUGACAACAUGACUGUGGAAGAUGCGCAGGAGCAGCUGGAGCAGCUGUACAGCGCCGACGUGUACAACGGUAUUGUCGGGCUGCACUUUGUGCAGGACUGGGCGCCCGCCAUGGUCGGCGCGUACCUCGAGCACAAGUACAGGGGCAUGCUGGACCUGGAGAAGAAAGACGCAGCUGCCAGGGCGAGGACGCAGCGGCGCCUGGCGAAGAUGAACAGUGUAAAGGAAAGUCUUGCCGCCGCUGCCGCUGCUGCUGACGACAAGCUGCGAGUCCAGCGGCACAUUGCUCAAGCCGUGAAGAAGACAGCCAGCACCCGUCGAGAUAGCCGCCAUGACAAUCUUUCUCCCACCGUACUCCAAGAAACGACGACGACCACCACCACCACACUAUCUCAGUCCUCGCACCACGCCAACCUCCCCAACCUGCACUGCUCCCCAGAGUCCCACGUCCAGCUGCACCCGGGAACCCAGCACGAAGCGCACGCGGCCGCCCUAUCCAGCCCACAGCCCGACAUGCAGCGAGAGCGAGCCUACCAGGAGCACCUCCACACUCUGGUCGAGUGGCAGAUGAAGACACAGCGCGUAUCAGAGUACAGCAGUUAUCUGCGUGCGCGCGCGAGCCACGGCGCCCAGCAUGUUGUCGAGGGCACGCGCCGCACAACCGAGAGUGUGGCUGCGUCUGAUAGUGCCGACUUGUUGGCUCCGGAUGUGGCCUUGGAUUUGGACCUGCAUUUGGGUGAGGACAUGGAGUUUUGA